AUGAUAUUCUGUGGUAUCUGGGAUCUCGAAGCUGCGUUUGAAGCAGAAGUUGCACCUGUACUGAGUGACAUGGAGAAAGAAGACUUCAACACCGUGGCCAAAACUUUCCUCACACAUAUGGAGUCUUUCGACUUGUACAG